AACGACUUCUUUCCAAUUGCUUCAAUCAUAAGCCAAUGUUCAAACUUCACAUCACAACUUUCUAGCCUUCAAAAGCAUCCUGAUCACCCAUCAAGCAACAAAAAUCGAGAUCAUACCCUUCAUAUCGUCCAUCAGUUUUCUUAAUGUAUUCCUCAAGCAAACCUCAGAAAUACAUAGACACGACCAUGAAGAACAGUGAGAUAUGCCAUUUCGGUCAUCCUCAACACAAGCUGAGUUUCGAGUACUCACAAUUCCCAUUCAAAUGUGAUGGCUGCAAGGAAGUAGGGAUAGGCUCGCGCUACAAAUGCUCCAUUUGUGACUACGACCUCCACAUGCACUGUGCUUUACCUUCCCCUUCGAUCUACCAUCCAUUCUACCCUAAAUGUUCGUUCCAAUUCCUCUCUCGCCCACCAGGCGACAUACCGCGAUUCUGCAACGCAUGCGAGAAGGGCAUCUCAGGGUUCGUCUAUCACUGCCCUUCUUGCGGAUUCGAUCUCCAUCCAUGCUGCGCGAAGCUUCCAAUGGUGCUCGACGAUGGCGAAAUGAAGCUGUAUCUGUAUCAGAAAGUAAGCUCGGCGUGUCACCGAUGUGGGAGGAAGGGGCGAAGCUGGAGUUACAGAUCAAAGUGCAAGAGCUACAAUCUACACGUGGCUUGUGUGAGGGAGAUGGUGGUGGAGAGUUGGCCUGAGAUUUAUAUGGGAAGCAAGAAACGGAGCAGAUUAGAGAAUGAAAUUCCUAGCUUGAAGAACACGCUUCAGAGUAGCCACAGUAGCAGCAGAAGCAAAGGAAAGGAACUUUUGUUGCUAUCUGUGUUCAGCAUGAACUUUCUGUUACUUGCAAUUCCAGUGUUCCUUCAUUUGGGAUGGGAAGAUAACGACAUGGAGCAUCAUGGAACGCCUGUGUUUUUACUCAGUUUGGAGUUUCUGCAAUACUUUCUAACGGUAGUGUGAUCACUUUUUUGUUUCUUAAUUUGACUAGAUCUCUUUCGUUGCUGAGAGUUUGAAACUAACAAUCAGAUAGUUUACGGCUCCAUGAGCAACGCAGCUUUCAUUAAUGUUCUCUCUAAUACUAUUUAUAAGCUAGAUAACAAAAUUUUUGAAUCAUGGGAUGUCAUUGAUUUUUUUUAAAAAAAAAAGGGUUAUUAGUUUCAAAGUUUUUGCUAAAACAUGUUAAAAGUAAGUUGUAAAUAGAAUUAAAUGGAUUAAAAUUUUGAUAUUACAACUUUCCAAUUCUGCAUAGUAAUUGCAAUAUAGGAAAAGCUCUAGGCUGUGAGUUAUGAUUCAUGCUAUUCUAUUCCUAUGUAUAAACUGUCUUUUAUAAGAUAGAUUGAUUCAAAUAUUGUUACAGUACUAUUCCUUUUCAGUUAAUUUUCGGAUCGGUGAGUCCUUUUCAAAAAAAAAAAAAACAAAGAAAGAAAGAAAGAAAAUCAUUUGAAUAUCUCGUGACAUGGGAUGGGGAUAGUCUUUCACGUUAAGAGGUUUCAUUUUGGUCCAUUUCACUUGGUCACCUUCUUGCCCAUUCUAUCACAGACCCACAACAAUCACAUGGGUGCUAGACUACUAGUGCAUCUUCUCAAUACACAAAAAAAAGGAGGAAACCUUUUGGAUACCACAGUGCAUACCAAUUCAAGUAAACUAUCGAAGUAGGACUUAUUCUAUUAGGCUCCUCACCAAUUUCAGGCUAUCGACUCCACCACUGCACAUUAACUCACCAAAGCCUCAUGUGGUUCCCACUGACAACUUCAAUUGAAUCAUAUAUAUUUCCUCUUGCCACCCUAUCCUCAUAUACCACUUUCUCUGUAUGAAUUGUAUGCACAGAGCAUCAAAUUCCGAACCCAAUACCCAACCAAACGUUUCAACCUUGUGUCAGAAAUACUCAAGAGUUUCCGAGGAACAUGUUGAAAGUAGAAGAGUAGCAUAAAACAGGGUUUUGAUGUUCUUCAAGAUGAGUGGACCAGUUUUAUCUGUCUAAAUAAAAUUUAG